AUGAUUCCUCAAAAUACGCUGUGGGCUGGACUAUCCAGACCUAUAUCAAACAAAUGUCAAUUAAUUAAUGUAUUAAGACUUUAUUCUACCAGACCAUCAUUAAUAGCACCAAGCAUUGCUAGUACAGUACACUCGGUUGCUCCAGAGAUAAAUCAUUCUCCAAUUCAAGCAUUUAAAAGGAAAUGGUUACCAAAGAGAUGUGGUAUCAUUACUGAAAAAGUUGGUAUGAUGCCUUAUUUUGACACAAAGACAGGAGAUAGAAUUGCUGCAACUAUAUUAAAAUUGGAUAAUGUGGAAGUUAUUAUGCAUCGUACAAUCGAAACAGAUGGAUAUUUUGCAUGUCAAGUAGGGUAUGGUAAUAAAAAUCCAAAAAAUGUUUCGAGACAACUUUUAGGUCAUUAUGCAUCAAAGAUUGUUAAUCCAAAAUUAAAAACUACAGAAUUUAAAGUAGCAAAUGAAGAAGGUUUAUUACCAUUAGGUACUUCGAUGAAACCAUCUUUCUUUGAAGUGGGACAAUUCUUAGACGUUAGGUCUGUAUCAAAGGGUAAAGGUUUUGCAGGUGUGAUGAAAAAAUAUCAUUUUAAAGGUUUAAGAGCUUCACAUGGUACUUCUGUUAUGCAUAGACAUGGUGGUUCUUACGGUCAAAAUCAAGAUCCAGGUAGAGUUUUACCUGGGAAAAAAAUGCCUGGUAGAAUGGGUGGUAUAAACGUUACUGUUCAAAACGUUCAAGUCUUAAAAGUUGACGAUAUUAAUAAUGUUAUUUGGGUUAAAGGUUCUGUUCCUGGUCCAAAUGGUUCUAUUGUAAAGAUUCAAGAUGCAAUUAAGAAUCCACCUGUAUAA